UUAUUACCGAAUUAUGAAGUUGGCAACCAUAUAUUUUUCCACUGGCAGCUGUUCAGUGACAUUUCUGCCAUUUGUGUUGUGUAACGUUGGUGGUUAUCAAUAUUUUUUGGCAUGUCUGCUUCAACUGCGCGUAAUUCCUAUGGCCUCCUGAAGCGUGCUUGGAACGAGAUUCCAGACAUUGUUGGCGGGUCAGUCUUAGCACUGAUAGGAUUGGGAAUGGCAGCGGUUGGCGUUGCUGGAUAUUAUGCCAGAGACGGUGAUAACCGACGAUAUAAGAUGGGAUAUAUUGUAAUGCGUCCCGAUGAUCCACGUGCAGAAAAAGUUCGAAAAGAUUAAGUAUUUAGAUUUCCUACUUCGUAACGAACUCUUAAGUUAAUACAAUUUUUGAAGCCAGAUUUGUAAGCAAUCAAAAAUAAAUGCAUAUACUCCGUGUA